UGAUCUUGCGCCAAAGUGACUGCGCAGUAGACCGGAUGUGGAGGAAAAACGUAGUGCAUUUUCUCUGGAAAGAAAAUAUUGUGAAUUUUAAUCAUAAUGAACGAGUUAGAGAAACUAGAACAUCUUUCUUUGGUAUCUAAAGUAUGUACUGAGUUGGACAAUCAUUUAGGUCUAAAUGAUAAGGAUUUGGCUGAGUUUAUCAUUUCCUUGGCAGAGAAAAACAACACCUAUGAAAGUUUCAAGAAAACAUUGGAUGAAAAUGGGGCAGAGUUUCCCGAGUCAUUCACAGCAAACCUGCUGCGUCUUAUACAACACAUGAAGCCCAAGAAAAAAGAAGUUGAAGGUGAUGGAGAAGUAGAAGACAAAGUGCUGAAGAAGAAACUGUUUCCAGGACUUGCAAUACCAGAUGAUCCCAGCGUAAGGAACAUGCUGGCCAGUGACCACAAGCCAGUCCCGACCAGUGACCAGAAGCCAGCAGCUCCAGCAAGUGACCAGCAGGUGGCUGAUGAUAUGCUGGGAGAGUUAGAGGCUAUGUUCUCCAGUGAGAAGAAGGAAAACAAGCCAGAUAUCUCCAAGCCAAAACACAGAUCCAGGAGUAGAGACAGAGAUCGUAAAAAGAAACACAGGUCUCGCAGCCGUUCAAGAGACAGAAAAAGAGAUCGUAAAAGAUCAAGAAGUCGCUCCAGAGACAGAUACAGGGACAGAAAGAAAAGAUCGCGCUCUAGAUCCAGAAGUCGUGACAGGAAAAGACGUGAGCGCUCCAGAUCUCGUAGUCGUGACAGGUACAGAGAUGAGUCGAAGAAGAGAGAUCGACACAGAGAGAAAGAAGUAGAACUGCCUCUGGAACCCAUUCCUGGGAUGAUCUGCAAUGGCAAGGUGACUUCCAUUAUGCAGUUUGGAGCAUUUGUCCAGUUGGAAGGGCUGAGAAAGAGAUGGGAAGGUCUGGUUCAUAUAUCACAGCUGCGUAGAGAAGGCAGGGUGAUCAAUGUGUCUGAUGUGGUCAGCAAAGGUCAAAGGGUCAAGGUCAAGGUUCUCUCAUUUACUGGACAGAAGACCAGUUUGUCCAUGAAGGAUGUGGAUCAGGACACGGGAGAAGACCUGAACCCCAGCAAGACCAGGAUGUUGGGUGGUGAAGUGGACGCUGAUGAUGACACUACAGCCAGAAAUCCUGACCGUCCAUCCACCCUGCCUCUGGUUGACCUGCCAAACAUUGAUGAGAUCAAAGAGGUACGACGCGGGCCACGGAUGUCCUCUCCUGAAAGGUGGGAGUUGAAACAGAUGAUGGCGGCCAAUGUUAUUGAUAAAUCUGAGCUGCCUGACUUUGAUGAGGAGACAGGACUGUUACCACAGAUAGAAGAUGAUUCUGAUGAGGACCUAGAGGUGGAGCUGGUGGAAGAAGAGCCUGCCUUCCUGAAGGGGUAUGGACGUACCAGUAACCUUGACCUUAGUCCUGUGAAGAUUAUGAAGAACCCUGACGGCUCUCUUGCACAGUCCGCCAUGAUGCAGUCUGCUCUUCAGAAAGAGAGGAGGGAAAUCAAGCAGCAGCAGAGGGAGGAAGAGAUGACAAAGGCCAAUCCUGAUGAAGUUAGCAGGAGCUUUGCUGACCCUAUGGCUGGAAUUGAGGGGCGCCAGCUGACGGCAAACAUGCGUGGUCCAGGUGGCAGCACCACUGACCUCCCAGAGUGGAAGAAACACAUCAGCGGCGGUGUGAAGGCAUCAUACGGGAAGAAAGAGAAGAAGAGUAUUCUAGAGCAGAGACAGGGGCUGCCUAUCUAUAAACUGAAGAAUGAACUGAUCAAGGCUGUGACAGACAACCAGAUGUUAAUUGUGAUUGGAGAGACGGGGUCGGGGAAGACAACGCAGAUCACCCAGUACCUGGCAGAGGCUGGUUACACCACCAUGGGGAAGAUUGGUUGUACACAGCCCAGGAGAGUAGCUGCUAUGUCUGUAGCUAAGAGAGUGUCAGAGGAAUUUGGUUGUAGACUAGGACAAGAGGUUGGUUAUACCAUCCGUUUUGAAGACUGUACCAGUCCUGAGACCAAGAUCAAGUACAUGACAGACGGUAUGAUGCUAAGAGAGUGUCUGAUAGACCCUGAUCUCUCCCAGUACUCUAUUAUCAUGUUGGACGAGGCCCACGAGAGAACCAUCCACACGGAUGUGCUGUUUGGGCUGCUGAAGAGGGCUGUACUGAAGAGAAAAGAGCUGAAGUUGAUUGUCACCUCAGCCACUCUAGAUGCUGUCAAGUUUUCUUCUUAUUUCUUUGAAGCUCCUAUCUUCACCAUCCCUGGUCGUUCCUUCCCUGUGGAGACGCUGUACACUAAGGAGGCAGAGACGGAUUACCUGGAUGCCUCCAUGAUCACCGUGAUGCAGAUCCACCUGACAGAGCCGCCCGGAGACAUUCUGCUGUUCCUGACGGGACAAGAAGAGAUUGACUCCGCGUGUGAGAUCCUGUAUGAGAGGAUGAAGGCCCUGGGACCUGAGGUCCCAGAACUGAUUAUACUGCCUGUGUACUCCGCACUGCCCAGUGAGAUGCAGACCAGGAUAUUUGAGCCUGCUCCACCAGGAUCUAGAAAGGUUGUCAUAGCCACCAACAUAGCAGAGACGUCCCUGACCAUAGAUGGCAUCUACUACGUGGUGGAUCCUGGCUUUGUGAAACAGAAAGUCUACAACUCCAAGACAGGCAUGGACCAGCUGAUAGUGACCCCUAUAUCUCAGGCACAGGCCAAGCAGCGUGCGGGGAGAGCAGGGCGAACGGGGCCUGGGAAGUGUUACCGUCUGUAUACAGAGAGGGCGUACAGGGACGAGAUGUUGCCCACACAGGUGCCAGAGAUACAGAGAACUAACUUGGCCAGUACGGUGCUGUCACUGAAGGCCAUGGGGAUCAAUGACUUACUGGCCUUUGACUUCAUGGACCCGCCCCCCAUGCAGACGUUGAUCUCCGCCAUGGAGCAGCUCCAUGCUCUCUCCGCGCUGGAUGAUGAGGGUCUGCUCACCAGACUGGGGCGACGGAUGGCAGAGUUUCCAAUGGAACCCAUGUUGUCUAAGAUGUUAAUUAUGUCUGUUCACCUGGGAUGUAGUGAUGAGAUCCUUACCAUAGUCUCCAUGUUAUAUGUACAGAAUGUAUUCUAUAGACCCAAGGUAGGCAGAACUCUGGCAGCUUAAAUACUGUACAUUUCC